GUCCGCACCUGUCGGAACGCGACAUUCACCAAGCAAAACGUCUUACCAGGCGGAUACAGAGCCCAGAUUCAGCUGAUCUGAGUGUCUUUGUCAUAGCGGAGACUAUUAACAUACAUUGCCCACGCUCAUUUCUCCAAAUGAAUGGUCUGAGGACCUCCACCCCUCACACUAUGGCGACACUAUUCCGGCGAUGCACCAGACCAGCCACGUUGCGAAUCAUACCGUCUGGCGGCUUACGAAGGCAAUUCGGAUUCCAGCCACCGGACCGAGAAGCACCUCGGGCGCUGUCACUGCCCAUACCCUACGUGACCGAGACGACUGGCGGAGGCUGGAAAACAUCUGACAUCUUCUCCCGUCUCCUCCAGGAGCGUAUCAUUUGCCUGAAUGGCGAAGUCGACGACUUCAUGUCCGCUAAUGCCGUCGCACAACUGCUCUUCCUUGAAGCCGACAACCCAGAGAAACCUAUAUCCAUGUAUAUAAACAGCCCCGGUGGCAGCGUCAGCGCUGGUCUAGCCAUCUACGAUACCAUGAACUACAUCAAAAGCCCUGUUAGCACCAUAUGCAUGGGAAUUGCUGCGUCGAUGGGGUCACUAUUGCUCGCUGGCGGCGCCGAAGGGCAGCGGUAUAUUCUACCACAUGCGCGAGUCAUGAUACACCAGCCGAGCGGCGGAUAUAGAGGCAAGGCUAGCGACAUCGCAGAUCACGCAAAGGAGAUCCUGAGGAUAAGGGACAAGCUGAACCGCAUCUAUCAAUCGCACCUCACAACGAAACGGUCGCUGGAGGAGAUUGAGAAAUAUAUGGAACGCGACUACUACAUGGAUGCGCAAGAGGCAGUCGAAUUUGGUAUCGUGGAUAAGAUAUUGGAAAAGAGGGAGAUUUCGGCCAAGGAGGAUGAGAAAAAGUAG